AUGGCUAAAUCGGAUUUCGAUAACGCCAAUCCCACCGUCCUUAGUGUUUCACAACUGCCCAGUAGGAGUCAAGUGAAGGGCCAUGUGAGAAAGGGCCCGGAUUCCAAGUAUGACCACAUCCUGUUUCCGAAGCAGUGGUGGGCAGGAAGCUCUUUGAACAGUGACCCAUCCGUGUGGACAUCGGACGAGGACGAGGACGACGACUUGGCUUUGGCGACUGAGGAACCCAUUGACGAGCAAGAAAUCUACGACCUGCUAUCAACCAUAUCGGACCCUGAACAUCCCGUCACCCUGGGCCAAAUCGCCGUCGUCAGACUCGACGACAUUCACCUUAGUCCAUCACCCGCCGAGCGUCUAGAUCCAAACACCUUGACCAAUGUCGAGGUUGAUCUUACGCCCACAGUGAACCACUGUUCUCUGGCGACUGUCAUUGGUCUUGCCGUACGUGUCCGACUCGAGAACGCUCUGCCUCCCAACUACCGCAUCAUUGUCCGCAUGAAGGAUGGCUCCCAUGCCCAGGAUGACCAGGUGAACAAGCAGCUGGGAGACAAGGAGAGAGUUGCCGCUGCUUUGGAAAACGACACCCUGAAGGGCAUCAUCGAGAAGAUGUUGGAGACUUGCGUCUGA